CCCAAUGCCGAAACAACACGAGGCCAUCAGCUGAUUUUUGGAGCAUGGCCGUUGUCAGCGUUGUGUUUGAAGAGGUUUUUUCCCAUCUACUCAAGGUGUAGUCAUUCCAACAUUAAGUUGCAUACGCGCGAUAUGCUGAAACAAAGUUGCUGAGAAGGAUUGGAAAUCGAGUUUAUACAAUAUCCGGAGAAAAAGGAAAAUGAGCUCUAAAGCUGAUAUGAGAUCAGGACUGUCCAAAGUGACCAAUGGUGAAGCUUCGACGAGAAGAGCAGUAAUAACUGUUGGACUCAUUUUUGUAGCCUCAUUGACUGCACUGUUUUAUGUAUAUACCAGUUUUCCUGAAUUAGAAGAAGAUGAAAGACAGUAUAUGAAGUUACCGCUUCAUAUAGAAGAUGCCAAAAAUUUAGGAAAAUUAUUAGAACGAUAUAAAGAUUUAUAUUACUUCCAAGUACUGGCCGGCCUGUUCAUCACCUAUAUUUUUUUACAAACAUUUGCUAUUCCUGGCUCCAUCUUUCUCUCGAUCCUAUCUGGAUUCCUAUUUCGUUUCCCAAUCGCGCUGUUACUCGUAUGCACAUGUAGCGCGAUUGGCGCCACGAUGUGCUACUUGUUAUCCUCGUUGCUGGGUAGACGAUUGCUAUACCGAUAUUUUCCGGAAAAGGCAAACGAAUGGACCAUUACCGUGAGCAAGCAUCGCGAUAAUCUGCUGAACUAUAUGCUAUUCCUUCGGAUGACACCAUUACUGCCAAAUUGGUUUAUCAAUCUGGCCAGCCCAGUGAUUGGCGUGCCGAUGAUGCCAUUCACUGUUGGUACCUUCUUCGGCGUCGCGCCGCCUUCGUUCGUCGCCAUACAGGCGGGUCAAACAUUACACAAACUCACAUCGUCCAGCGACGCAUGGUCGUGGAACAGUAUACUCAUAUUGUGUGUGUUUGCGCUGCUUUCUCUGCUACCUGUAGUGUACAAGCAAAAGCUGAAGCAGAAGUUCGAGUAAAUGCCAAAAUGCUCCAUUGACGAUGCUUUCAAAGUGACAUUCCGAUACUAUACAAGGAAAACUUGCCGACCACAUUCGCACGGCGAAACGUUCUAUUGAUAAAGAUCCUUUCUUAGGAAAUUGAAUCAUACCAAAUGUGUGAAUAAUGUUGGGAUUAGGAUUCGCUUUUCCUUGUCGUGUAUGCAAUUGUUUGCAUUUGGACACAUAGCUUAUGCGUACAAGGUAGUACGACAAAUUGUUCCGCGAGCACAAUUUCCGCAUAACUUAUUUAUUGUUGUUUAUAAUUUAUUUCUAAAUGUAUCUUAAAUUACAUGGAGAUAUUUAAAGAUUAAUCAACUUUAUUACUCAGCUGAAAGUCGACUUAUUUUAUUAGGAGUAUUAUAAAUAUGCCUAUAUUUUAGACAAUACAUCAGAAAAUGAUCUCAGGAAAUUC